AUGGCAAUAUUAAUAAUAUUCAUCGUUGUUGUAGUAAUUCUUCCGUCAUCCAAAAGCUUAGAGCCAUUAUUGAGGCAAUUUCGUUCAAAAGAUUUAGCAUUGAUAAAAGAUGAAUACGAAGAGCAAUCCGGUAUUAGACAAGCUCUACUGGAAAGACUUAAUAAUUUUUCGGAAGAAAAUUCGCAAAAAUUAGUACUGUUCAAAUUGAACAAUAAUGUACUCCAAGAUUAUCCGUUAAAACCGGAUGAGAAACAUCAAAAUGAUGAAGAGCAAUAUCGUAUAACAAAAAAUCAGCCAAGUUAUCACACAACUUUAGUAACCCCUGAACUAAUCAAUCCAAUAGAGACAAACUUAAACAUUCGACAAAAAAAUGCAGAAAUAUUGGAUGAAUGGAAGAAAAUACGCGAAAGACGAUUACGCUUUUAUAAGGCAUUCCGGAAAAUUCAAAAUUUACAUGAUAGAAAGCAGAAGUAUAACGGUGAUGAUAAUUUUAUGAAUACAAACAAAAGUAUUGAUGACAGAAAUAAGAUAACAGCCGUAAAUUAUCGACGAAAGAAAAAUAAAGAGAGCUCAAUCGAUCCGACUAAUAUUACCUUUAACGAUUGGGAAACAUUUAUCACUGAUUACGGCAAAAUAAUACCACAAUAUAAUCGAAGACAAGCAACAUUAGGCGAAUAUGAUGAAAUUGAUGAUAUGAAUGGUAUGAGCAAACAAUUUUUGAAAGUAAAUGAAUCAGUGAUCAGUAGCCCACCUGGAUACAUUCCCCGAAUCAGAGAAAUGCAGUCAUUCGGAGUUGCACGAAAUCCAUCAGACUAUCAACAGUAUGGAACAAAUUUGAAUUCCGUACAGGAAAUGGUAUCUAAUAAAGCUGGAGCAGUUGAACGUCUUCCGCCACCUCCCAAUCCAAGAAGUACCGAAGCAUCAGUACACAUCGUAAAAGUAUAUCCUCCAUCACAACAAACUUUUUUUACAGGUUAUCAGGAUAAAAAUAUAUAUCAAAAUAAUAUUCUGAAUACCGAAAAUUAUCAGAAAUAUGGUGAUAGAUACGCAGGAAGAGCAGGCUUUCAACAACAACCUAUAUCACAAUCAAUGCCCAAUGAUUAUAACGUUAAUACAGCAUAUACGACAGAAGUCAAUCCUGAUUGCAUUAGUGAUCAUUGUGAAAUUGAUAAUGAAAAUCUAUUUGGUUUCAUGGAAGAUGAACGAUGCAACAGUCCUCGUCUAAAACAAAUAAUUUUACAAAAUAUUAUGGAACGUGACGCUGAAGCAUCAAAACAGGCGAUCUAUAAUGUUUGUGAAGCAGAAAUGGAAUUACCAUGUAAUGUUAUUUGUGGUACUGGUUUUUAUAGUUACAUUGCUCGAGCUACACAAUUUUGCCUUAUUUCUGCAAUGGAUAUUACCUGUUAUGCAUUUUUACCUGCUUGUGAUUUUAAUUCAAAUUUGAUGCAAAAACCAUGGAAUAAAAAGUAUCGUACAAAAGUUUGA